CAUAUUUUAUCUCUUUCUCGCUCCUUUUGUGACAUUUUUGCGGAACGUCCAUCGUGUUUCCUUGUAAAAAUUAUUAUAAAAAAUCACAUUAGGGCAUGGUCUGUACCGUAAAACCUUUAAAAAACCGUGAUAUAAAAUCUAUAAUCGUGGUAAACUUUUCUUGUGCCAAGUGCAACUAAACUAUCAAGAUUCCGCCGAUAAUUCAAAGCCUACCCAGUGGGUGGCUUAAUUUGGGAGCACCGGCCUUGUCCGGCGCAUCUGGCUGUGCCGGGCGACGUGCGCCCGCCUGCCCCCGCCCGCCGCGCUGCUGGCGCCGCGCGCUCAACGUUGACCCGCCCUGGCAGCGAGCACGGGCCCGCUGACGCCACACCACGCGAUACACCUGACACCUGUGGACUAGCGCUAGUGGGCCCCCACCACCGGCCUCUGUUACGUGACACCGAGCCCCCGUGCGCCGCACACAACGCGCCGAGGGUACAUCGCUUGCCUAUCAACCGACACCUCGCAUCGAGGAUACGAUAGCCAAAGUCUACAAUAUCAAAAAAAAAGACGACAAAAAACUUCGUUUCAAGGACACCGAAGCUUAUUAAGAUACCAAGUAAAAUGAAGGUGAUUGAAGAUGAACAGCGCGUGAGGGUGAUGGAGGGGCAAUGGACCCCGGAAGCGGUGAUCAAGGAGAUCGUGGAAGAAGGGGGGCAUGAUGAACCCUUCUAUGUAAUGGACCUGGGCGAGGUGGUCGCCCGGUACCAUCACUGGAAGGAGCUUAUGCCCAGGGUCGAGCCAUUCUACGCGGUGAAAUGCAACGACGACAAGUUGUUGGUGAGCACGCUGGCCGCUCUGGGUGCUGGCUUUGAUUGCGCCUCUAAAGCUGAGAUUGAAAUGGUCACCGGCCUCGGCGUGCGACCAGAGCGCAUUAUAUUCGCGAAUCCGGCGAAGCUGGCGUCUCACAUCCGCUACUCAUCGUCCGUGGGAGUCGACCUGAUGACCUUCGACUCGGAGACAGAGCUGGUCAAGAUCAAGCAGCACAUGCCGCAUGCACAGUUGGUGGUACGCAUCAGAUGUGAUGCGGCGGCGGCGCGCUGUCCGCUCGGCAUCAAGUUCGGCUGCGACCCUGUCACUGAGGCGCCGCGACUCCUCAAACUGGCUGCUGUCUUCGGACUCAGGGUGGUGGGUGUAUCCUUCCACGUGGGUUCUGGUGCUGAGGAGAGCGGUGUGUACGCGCGCGCCAUACAGUACUGCCGCGCACUGUUCACACUCGGCGCAGCUGCUGGACACGCCAUGCAUCUGCUGGACCUGGGCGGAGGCUUCCCAGGACACACUGGAUCCAGUAUACGCGAGACGGCUCAAGUGAUCAACGCAGCGUUGGAUGCCAACUUCUCUGGAUGCGAGGUGCGUGUCAUUGCGGAGCCAGGCCGGUACUUCGCCUGUGCUGCCUACACCCUCGCCACAAUGGUCUACGCUAAACGUGAGGUGCCUGCUAAGGAGGAUGAUGUGGAGGAGACCCAUACAAUGUACUUCAUGAACGACGGCGUGUAUGGCUCCUUCAACUGCUUGCUGUACGACCACCAGGAGGUGACACCUGUGCCGCUCAACACGGCGGAGGGCACUCCUCGCAGCUCCUCCUUCUGGGGUCCAACAUGUGAUGGUCUGGACUGUGUAGUGCCGCGCAUGCGCAUCCCCGCGCUGCCGCUGGGCGCCUGGCUCGUCUUCCGCGAUAUGGGAGCCUACACUCUUCCUGUGGCCUCCGCUUUCAAUGGGUUUCCCGUGCCCAAGGUCCGAGCAGUAGUCGACCGUCGCCUCUGGUCCGUACUGAAGGAACUCUGGCCCCUCACUGAGAACCAUUUCGUGGUGGCACCUCCAGCACCCGUAGCCCCUCUGGCACCUGUAACCCCAGCGCCGGAGCCACAUCGCGCAGUAUUCGUGGAGUGCGCUCUCAAGUGAGCGAGUAUGAGGCUGCCGUUCAAUGAGCUUAAAGGCCUAUAAUCAAUAUAUUUUUAAAUGUCUCUGUAGAUUUUUACCGUGAAUUUACACUGUUGUUAUACAUGUAUUGAAACAUGUCUCUUAUCAAAGUAUGAGAGAUGUGUCAAUAUAAGUAGCUGCAGUUAAGUCACAGUUUAAUAUUCGAUGUAACUAGAACGGCAGUCUGAUUGAAAAUGUAAUUUUCAAUUCCUAUUAGUUGUUUCUCUUGUUUUUGCCUUUAUUAUGUACAAGGAUGUGCAAUAUUUAUAUGAAUUUUAUUUUUAUAAUUUUUUUUAUAUACAAAUUGUACGUCCGAUGUGUUGGUUACCAUCUGGAAAGGAUAUUUAGGACUAAGGAGCAAAUAUAGAAAAAUCUUAACACAUUAAAAACCAAAACUAUGUACUAACUUUUGUCAAAUUUAAAAAAUUACCUAAAAUUGAUGGUUAAUAAGCCUUUUACCAAUAUUUUUAAGGCAUAAUGCACAUUGAAUUUGGAUUUGCAUAAAAUAUGCCUCUUAGGCAUAAUUAACUAAGAACUAAGCGCUUUAAAAAAAAUUACAGUAUGUUUUUGAUGACGUCACUACGAUGUUAAAUUAUUCAUUAAUUUGGUUCUCUUCUAUAUUUGCUCUUUGAUUAACUCUGUGUUUCCAUUGCUGAGACUUGUCACUUUGAAAAAAUACCGUUUUUAUACAGACAAUGGAAACACACGGUAAGACGGUCGGUGUCCAUAUAAACCUUUAGCUGCCUCAUACCUUUGAAUUAUUCAGCUUUUCGCAAAUUAGUUCUCAUUUACGCGAUUAAAUCAAUUGCUUUUUUUCAUUACUUUCUUCAAUAUUUUAAAAUGCAUUUGUCGUUUAUUGGCAUUUUUAUUAA